AUGGCGCUUGCAACAGUGCCGAAAUAUCGGAAACUCGCUAAAAACAAGGUUCGUCAAUUCUGCCGCGUCGCAAUGCCACACACAGGGCAAGCGGGCGUGAACCAACUCGGAGGCGUGUUCGUCAACGGCCGACCCCUCCCCGACGUAGUCCGUAAGAGGAUCGUCGAACUGGCCAUCAUGGGGGUGCGGCCGUGCGAUAUCAGCCGGCAGCUGCUGGUCUCCCAUGGCUGCGUCUCCAAGAUACUGACUAGGUUCUACGAGACUGGCUCCAUUAGACCUGGAUCCAUAGGCGGGAGUAAAACUAAGCAAGUGGCGACGCCUACCGUCGUGAAGAAGAUCCUGCGUUUGAAGCAGGAGAACCCUGGCAUGUUCGCGUGGGAGAUACGCGAGCGACUGCUGAGCGCGAGGGUGUGCGAGCCGCACUCCAUACCGUCAGUGUCUUCUGUCAACAGAAUCCUGAGAAACAGUGGGUUGGCUUGGAGCGACGAGGAACCGAGGAGUGGGCAUGAAUCAUACCCUCAGCCGGAACUUCCUCCGAACAUGUUGGAAUACAUGUCACUGAAGAAUUCCCUACCACCAUCGCCGGUCGCUCAAACCCCUUCAUACUUCGCACACACCGCAGUGAGGGUGCCCCCACCACAACCAGAUCCUUCACUAUACGACCGGAGGCUCACAACAUCCUGGCUUUUAGCCAACCAAGUGCAAGCUCAAGGACUAUUAAAACCAUACCCGAUCUCGCCUUGGCAAAGAAUCAUGAUGCCCUACCACGACUCGAAGAACUUCUCCCCUUAUAUGAGCCUCCACAGCGAUCUCCUGAACAGAAUCAACACGGACGAUGUGAAAUCUGAGAACUCCGAACACAUUUCUGUGGAAGCAAGCGAUGACAGUGUCGACAGACCAGAUACUGAUGACAGGAAGACGCCUAUUGAAAGAGAGAAGAAGAAAAAUCCGUAUUCCAUUGAGGAGCUGUUGAAAAAACCUGACAAAAUUGUGACCACACCUCCGAUUAGUUUUCUGAGGCAACCGAGUGGAAGCAUGAUCGAUUAUAAAAAUGAAAAGGACUCGAGCAACAGAAGCUCUCCAGCCAGCUACUGCUCAAUACAAAGCAGUGCUUCUAAUGACUUUGCGGAAUCUGUAUCGUCGGAAAUUAAAGCAAGCAAUUGA